AUGGGUCUGAAAGGCUUCGUCGAGGGAGGUAUUGCUUCAGUAGUAGCAGGCUGUUCGACCCAUCCUCUGGACCUUAUCAAGGUCAGAAUGCAGCUUCAGGGUGAAAACCAUGUUCCCAACCCGAACACACAAGUUCUGCGUCCAGCCUUUGCUUUCAACGGCGCAACAAUGGCUCAAGAAACCCUUCACAUUCCUGCACCAGCACCACCUAGAGUGGGACCCAUAUUUCGAAUGGGCUUGUAUGAGGUGUUUAAGCAGAAAUGGUCCGACCCGGAUUCGGGUAAAUUCCCAGUCUGCCGUAAAAUAGCCGCCGGAUUGCUCGCCGGAGGCAUAGGCGCGGCUGUUGGCAACCCUGCUGACGUGGCAAUGGUCCGAAUUCAAGCCGAUGGUCGGCUUCCAAUUUCUCAGCGCCGCAACUACAAGGGAGUGGUUGAUGCAAUUACACAAAUGUCCAAGCAGGAGGGGAUCACUAGCCUGUGGCGCAGUUCAUCCCUUACGGUGAACCGUGCUAUGAUCGUCACGGCAUCACAGUUUGCAUCGUACGAUCAGAUCAAGGAAGCGAGAUUGGACCAUGGUGUGACGAACGAUGGUCUCGGGACCCACGUGACUGCAAGCUUUGCCGCAGGUUUUGUGGCUGCGGUGGCAUCGAACCCAAUUGCUGUGAUCAAAACCCGAGUGAUGAACAUGAAGGUGGAGGCAGGGAUGGCUCCCCCAUAUAGAGGGGCACUUGAUUGUGCCCUUAAGACGGUGAGAGCUGAGGGACCCAUGUCACUUUACAAGGGGUUUAUUCCAACAAUUUCUAGGCAGGGUCCGUUCACUGUUAUUCUGUUUGUGACCCUCGAACAAGUUAGGAAGAUUUUGAAGGAAUUUGAAGUAAGUGAGGGUUUGAAAUGAUAAUGACGACAAGGAAUUAGUAUAGAGAUUAUGUUUGUUUAUUGGAUUAUUGAUGUUGAGGACUUUUUGCUAAGGUAUUGUUGUGCCAUGACAAAUUAAGCUGAUAUAAGAUGAGAAAUAUUUCAAAUUUAAAAAAUAUCAUGCAAAUAUGUGUGAAUUAUCUUUGAUUUUUAGCAACAAUGCAAUGUUGCACCUCAAUCCCACAUGUAUAAAAG